UCUCCAGAACCGACCUGUCCCAAGAAUGUCGAAGUCAGAGUCCAAGACAGAGCUGUACGACCUUCCUACCACUGAACCUGCAGGUAGUCCAGAUGGGCCAGAGAAGAAGCUGAGCAGACGAGCUGCUCUGUUCCUGCGCUACGUCCAGCCCUGCCUGGCCGAGCUGCUGGGCUCCAUGCUCUUCAUCUUCAUUGGCUGCCUCUCGGUGGUGGAGAACGUCAACGGCACUGGGAGGCUCCAGCCUGCCCUGGCUCACGGCCUGGCGCUGGGCAUCGUCAUUGCGGUGCUGGGGGAGAUCAGUGGUGGCCACUUCAACCCAGCAGUGUCCGUGUCGGCGUGCAUGAUUGGCGGUCUGAAGGUCAUUCUGCUUCUCCCUUACAUCAUCUCCCAGUUGUGUGGUGGCAUGAUCGGAGCCGCACUGGCCAAGGCCGUUUCGCCGGUGGAGAGCUACGACAAUUCAUCUGGCGGGGCCUUUACCACGGUGCAGGCCGAUGUGCAGAUAGGCCGGGCAGUCGGGGCGGAGACAAUCAUGACCCUGUUCCUGACCAUGGUGGUGUGCAUGGGAGCGGUGAACGGCAAAACCCGCAGCGUGCUAGCACCCCUCUGCAUCGGCUUCACCGUUGCUGCAGACAUCCUGGCAGGAGGAGCCAUUUCUGGGGCCUGCAUGAAUCCAGCCCGAGCUUUCGGCCCUGCGGUGGCUGCCAACUACUGGACCUACCACUGGAUCUACUGGGUCGGCCCUAUGGCUGGAGCUGUGAUUACCGGCAGCAUCAUUAAGUUGCUGAUUGGUGAUGAGAAGGUUCGAGUUUUCUUGAAGUGACCCAAGACCUACACCUUGAUCAUAUGAAUGGAAAAUUCUGGACAUUUCAUAAUCUGAAUCUGUACAUACAACACUGAAUUAGUUGCACUUCUUUUUUAAACGUGUAUUUGAAAUUGAAUACCCUUGCCAAUGUAUGUUUCUUUCUGAAAAGUUAUAUGAUUACAUAUAAUUCCCUACAAAAGUACAAUCCCAUAUGCUGCUACUUUACUUACAUUUAUAUCUCACACAUGCCUGUUUUCUGUUAAGAUUUUAAAAAUGUGCACAAAAUGAAAUGCAAAAGAUUGUCUUAAAUGACUGAAUAAUAAUAAUGAUACUGAUAUAGUCAUGAGUUAUAGUACUUUAUAGCACAGGACUGUCAUACUUUAUGUUAUUGUCUUUUGU